GUUUACGCAAGCUAGGUUGCCAUGUGUUCAAUUGCAACGGCCUGCUCAGCUCACCUUAUCCGAGCCAUCCCUGGAUGAGAUAAGAUAAGAUCAGGACCAGAAACUCGGGGAAUCCGAAUAGGCACGUAAUUGUGAAUGCCGUUCCCGACUCGGCCCCGGGCGGAUUCGCCGUAGCUUCCACGUCUACGGGUGAUUCUGUCGACGAGGCGUAACUCAAAGUUACGUUGGACCGACAGACCGCCUGCAAGCUCUAUCUACGGUUGCACCUCUCCAUAGAUCUCGAUCAUUUUCUCCGCACACGCGGUGUUGUUUCACCGUAGCGGUGCUGGGGUUGUCUCAUUUUCUUUCCCCUCCUCCUACCUUUACCCCGAGGACCAUGGAUCGUCUUCGCUCCGCCGGAUUGCUCGCGCUCUCUCUGGCGGCAUUCGCAAACGCGGCCGUGCAGGUCACCGUGCCCGCGACACCUGCUCUCGAUCCCAACGCUCAGAUCGUGCAAUCUAAUUUCUUGGGUAUCAGCUUCGAGCUCUCGUUUAUGCCCGAAUAUUUCGGCAAUGAUACCAGCACCCUCAACCAACCUAUGCUCAACUACAUGGGCGGCGUUCGCGCGCGGAGUGGAUCGAAUCCUACGCGCAUUCGGAUUGGAGGAAACAGCGCGGAUAGCUCGCCAUACUACAGCCAAGCGUCGUCGCCGAUGGUGCAACUCGUUCCCGGAACGUACAAUGCGAACGAUCAGCCUGUCACGUACAACUCGAUGCUCUGGUCCGUCAUGGCAGACGUCUCGAAGAGUGUCGGCGGAGUCGCCUACGUUAUCAACGUCCCCCUCGCUCUUCCGCCCAAUGCGAGCCUUUCGGACGACAUGCGAAGGAUUCUGGGAAAGGAUCUGGACUCUAUGCUCCUCGGAAACGAACCUGAUCUGUACAGCGGCCAUGGCAAGCGUCCAGGAAUGACCAACUACACAGUCGCUGACUAUCUGGGCGAUUUCUCCUCUGGUCUCAACGUAAUCGGCUCCAAAGAUGUGGCGGGUGUCAAGGAUGUCGGCGGCCCCAGUGAUCUGCUUUCUCUUUUACAACAAGGGUAUCUGUCGCAAUUUACACCGGAUCUCAAAUACAUCGUGCUACAACACUAUCCUCAAAAUAACUGCUUCGGAUCCUUCAAGUAUCAGCUGCCGUACUACUUACAACACGCGAAUGUCGUCGAGCUCGGACAGUGGCAGAAACCUGGCAUCGACUAUCUUUACUCGCAGCCUGCCACUGGCCGCCCGACUUUGAUCAAUUCCGAGUUCAACAGUGCUUCCUGCGGCGGCGUGCCCUAUUCUCCUGCUUUCGGAGUCGGGUCGCUGUGGAUCAUGGAUUACUCUUUGCAGAUGGCUGCGGUUGGCUACACCCAAGCGUACAUCCACACUCGGGAAGCUGGGAUUUCGUACAACAUGCUCAAGCCGCCUAUCGGUCCCGCGGGAACUGCCGGAGCCUGGGUCACCAACUCCCCGUACUAUGCACUGCUCGCGGUCACGGAGGCGCUGCUCACAGACAACGGUGCUCACGUGGUCGACCUCAACCUCGGUGGAUCCAGCUCGAAUGUCAAUGUGACUACGGCUGGGUACGCCGUCUACAAUGCCGGAAACCAGACUGUCAGCCGUCUGAUCCUCUUCAAUUACGGCAACUCGUCGACCGACUUCGCCAUCCCCGGGUCAGCCUUCAGCUCUUCUGGCACUGCGCUCGUCAAGUUCCUCGCGGCUGCGACACCCGAAGAGGAGACCAACAUCUCCUGGGGGGGUGAGACUUGGGCUCCCGGUGACGGCAAAUCGUCUGGCUCGCCGAGCUGGGCUGUUCCGAACCAGAAUCUCUCAGGUUGCUCGACCAACGGGUGCACAUUCACAGCGCCAGGGCCCAGCAUGGCCAUGGUCUUCCUGGACAAUGCCCAGUACGCAACGAUCGCCGCUGUGAAUCCCUCCUCCUCGUCUACUGGUACCGCGGGAGGCUCCUCAAGCUCCCCGUCGCCUUCGUCUGGCGGCCAUAGUGGGGCUGCCCAUGUACUCGCCCAGCCUGUCAAUGCGCUUUUCGGUGCUCUGCUCUCCGUGUUAUCAUCCCAGCUCGAAGGCGUGCGUCAGCCGCGCACCUUCACCGAGCUGCUCGACAACCCCGAGCUGCGCUUCCACGGCGUCCAAUCUCCAACCCUCUCAGACUUAUACGUUACCUGUCAGCUCACCGCAGACAACAAGCCGCUGACGAUCCCGUUCCGCACGUCCUUCAAGGCGUUCAAACACAGCUAUACGUGGAACGAAUGGAUCACGCUCCCCGUGCGCUACUGCGACCUCCCGCUGGGCGCGCAGAUCGUGUUCACCGUGUGGGACAUCGCGGGCCCGCGCGCGGCCAUCCCCGUCGGGGGGUCCACGUUCCGCAUGUUCGGGAAGAAGUGGACGCUGCGGCGCGGGAAGCAUCGACUGCAUUUGUGGCGGGAUGUAGAGGGCGAUGGGUCGGUUGAUUCUGCGACUCCGAGUAAGCUGGACGAACGGGAUGAGAUGGGCCGGCUGGAAAAGCUAGUCAAGAAGUACGAACGGGGCGAUCUCUCGAAAUGCGACUGGCUGGACAAGAUGGCGUUCCGGAAGAUGGAGGAGGUGCAUGCAGCCGAGACGGCCAAAUCGGAGAACCUGUUCCUGUACAUCGACCUUCCCCGGUUUGACUUUCCCGUCAUCUUCAGCGAACCCGAGGUCCCCACCGCGUCGACCUCCGCUCUUCCGAUCCCGUCGGCGCCCAUCGUUCUAUCGCCCUCUUCAACCUUUUCCUCGGAACCCCAUCUCUGGGCUAUCAUCGAUCCGGACAUUGCCCGCGAGAACCCCGUGGAGGACAAACACCGCCGUCUGGUUCGCAGUCACCGGAGCAGCCCAUACGAUCGCGAGCUCAAGCCCAAUGCGAAGAUCCGGGACGAGCUUGCUGAGAUUCUCAGUUACGCGCCGAGUCAACCACUUACUUCCGAGGAGAAAGACCUCAUCUGGAAAUUCCGAUUCUACCUCGUGCGCGACAAGCGAGGGCUGACCAAGUUUUUGAAAUCUGUGACAUGGAGAGACUCUUCGGAGGUCAAGCAGGCUGUGGAAGAGCUGCUGCCACAAUGGACGGAAAUAGACACCGAUGACGCGCUUGAACUGCUAGGGCCCGGCACGGUCGACUCGAGAGUGCGAGCUUUUGCAGUGCGACAACUGAGUCGAGCCGACGACGAUGAGCUUUUGUUGUAUCUGCUGCAACUGGUGCAAGCGCUCAAGUUCGAGAGCACGGCUGCAGAUCAGCGUUCUUCGCGCACGACCACGACGAGUGCUAUAUCGUAUGACGACAGUGGAUUGACCGACUUCUUGAUCAGCCGAGGUGUUUCCAACGCCGUGCUAGGGAACCGGCUAUAUUGGUACCUGAUCGUCGAGGUCGCGCAAGAUCAGUCCGUGGCCAAAAUGUACGGACGUGUGGUGUUCCGGUUCAUGAACAAGAUCGUCGAGAGCGAAGGCGGGUCGGAGCGAAGGGAGCUGAUGCGGCGACAGGGUCUGCUCAUCGACACGCUGGCGAAACGAGCGAACGAGCUGCGGACGUCGAAGGACCCGCGAAACAAGAAAAUCGAGAAGCUGCGCGGGAUCAUCACCGACACGAAAAACAACCUCGCGUCGAUGGCCCCGCUUCCCCUGCCGCUCAAUGCGUCGAUCGAGAUCACGGGGAUCGUGGCUGAACAGUCGUCGGUGUUCAAGAGCAAUCUGUUUCCGCUGCUGCUAUACUUCCAGUGCUCGGACGGAUCGACGUAUCCUGUCAUCUUCAAGGACGGAGAUGACAUGCGGCAGGACCAGCUCGUCAUUCAGCUAUUCACGCUGAUGGAUCGCUUACUGCGCAAGGAAAAUCUCGACCUCAAGCUCAGUCCCUAUGAUGUGCUUGCAACGGGCCCGCUGCAGGGCAUGGCACAGUUCAUUCCCAGCAAGACCAUCGCAGCGAUCGUCAGCGAGCAUGGAAAUCUGUUGAACUAUCUUCGCGCUCAUAACCCCGAUGCUGGGAGCGUCGUUGCGGUCACUGGUUACUGUGUGGUGACAUACCUGCUGGGUGUCGGGGAUCGGCAUUUAGACAAUCUGUUGUUGGCACCAGAUGGGCACUUUUUCCAUGUAGACUUCGGAUACAUCCUGGGGCGUGACCCCAAACCGUUCCCACCCGCGGUAAAGGUGUGCAAAGAGAUGGUGGACGGAAUGGGUGGCGUGCAAUCGCCCCAUUACGCGCGCUUCAAGAAUUUUUGCUUCACCGCGUUCACGAUCCUGCGCAAGAGCGCCAAUCUGAUCCUCAAUCUCGUCUCGCUUAUGGUCGACGCAAACAUUCCCGACAUCAAGCACCGGGACGUGCACGAGCAGCUGCAGGAGAAAUUUAGACUGGAUUUGACAGAGGAAGAGGCCAUCAAGCACUUCGAGACGCUGCUCAACGAGACGUCGUAUAUCACGGUCGUAUUCGACCGCAUCCAUGACAUGGCGCAGUAUUGGCGUAGUUAG